UUCGUCUCCUUCCUGUUCUAUUCUCCUCUGAAACUCUUUCUCUCUCUAGAAACACAAUUGCAUUCAUUCUUUUGCUUCGAUCCUGUUACAUAGCGAGCUCUCCAUUUUUCCCUUCUCUCUGCUUUCCCGGCGGUGCAUUGAUCGGAGCUUAUUCACCGUCGUUUCUAUCGUGUCCAGCCAUUGACGGUCAUUGUUCUUGAUUUCUCUACUUUUCAUUGAAUCCAUAGAGAAAGUUUGAGACUUUAAGCGAUCUUCUUUUCAUAAUCUCACCUUGGAGAGGACACACAAUGUUGAAGCAUAUCAAACAUGUUCUCGAACAUGACACUGUCGCCGAUAAGCUUCGCCGCAGAUCAUUGCAUUUCGAAAAUAAUAAAUCAGAAACUGUUAAUGCGGAUUGUGGAUCACCGAUAACUCCGCUUCGGUCCCCGCCGAGUGGACUCACCUCGGCGGCAACCACCACAAGCACCAGUAGUUUCAAUUCUAGCUCGUCUGAAUCGGUGACGGGCCGUGGUGGACAUGCUCCGGUCACGACAAAAACCGAUUCCCGCCGGUCAAAUCCAUCCGCCGCGAAAUGUAAGCCUUCCACUUCCUCCGCCGUUCAGUCUGCGACUAACAAUCCCGCCGCCGCUCAGUUGAGCUGUACAUCCGCCGCGCAAUCUUAUAAGCCCACGGCUUCCUCCGCCGCUAAAUCUUUAAAGUCCACCGUUCCCGCCGCCGCACAUCGGAGGUCGAGCAGUGCCUCCGCCGGAGUUAAAGUUCGGUCGAGCAUUAACAUCCCAAAGACCGCGAGUGGGAAUCCGAGAGCAUGUCGGAGCUCUUUAGCUUCAGACUCAGCUUUGACUACCGUAAAACAACCGGUUAAAAGCUCCACUACGCCGCCGCAGCCGGUCAAAAUCGUUCCCGCCGGGAAUAUUAUCCCGUCCGGGAAGGUUCAUAUUACAGGGAUGACUCAAGGAGUUACCAAAAGCAUGGUACUUGGACCAGGUUCCAAAUCGUACGGAUACGGCAGCGUUGUCCGAGGAAACAGCUAUUCUCCGACAACGUCAGUUUCUUCCUCCGGUACACUUGUAAUCGCUAGUAGCUCUACCGGUGGCUCCGAGGUAGAUACGUCGUGGCAAAGAGUGAUGAAUAGUCCGAACCCAGAAGAAGCAAAGAGACUUGGAAACGAAAUGUUCAAGAAAGGUUGUUUCAUUGAUGCUUUGAAGUUUUACGACCGAGCAUUAAAGCUCUCACCGACCAAUGCGAAGUACCAUAGCAACCGGGCAGCUGCAUUGUCUGGUCUUGGUCGGAUUGGUGAAGCUGUGAUUGAGUGUGAACAAGCUAUUCAAUUGGAUCCGAAUCUUGCAAGGGCUCGUCAUCGUUUAGCCACGUUGCUUAUUAGAUUAGGUCAAGUUGAUAGUGCCGGGAAGCACUUGUUCUGUGUGGAGGAACCAUCAGAUCCCAUGGUGGUGAAGGUGCUUCAACAAGUUGAUAGACACUUGAACAAAUGCGCAGAAGCAAGAAGACGCGGUCUAUGGAAUGUUGUUUUGACAAAAGCAAGUGCAGCAAUGGAGUCUGGAGCUGAUAUGUCUCCUCAGCUAGUUAUGUGUAAAGUUGAAGCACUACUGAAACUCCAACGGCUUGAUGAGGCUCAAACAAUACUAGCAUCUUCCCCCAACAUGGAACUAUUGCCAGCAUCUUUCUUAAAGAUUCGGUUUUUCGAUAUGAUCUCCCAAGCUUACAUAUAUUUUGUCAAAUCUCAGAUUGAGUUGGCUCUAGGAAGGUUUGAAAACGCAGUUACAUUCACAGAGAAAGCUUCAGAGAUCGAUCCACGAAACAGUGAGAUUAAAGCAUUGUAUAGAAACGUUAGACUGAUAGUUAGGGCGCGUGACCGGGGUAACGAACUUUAUGAAUCAGAAAGAUACACUGAAGCAAUCGCAGCUUAUACAGAAGGCCUCAAGUUUGAUCAAUACAAUGCUACUCUACUAGGUCAUAGAGCAGAGUGUUUCUUUAAAGUUGGGUAUUGGGAGAGCUCUAUAGAAGACUGUAACCACGCAUUGCUCAUUUUACCUAGUUACACAAAGAUUCGUCGUCAAAGGGCUGCAUCAUACAGCAAGCUGGAGAGAUGGGAUGAAGCAGUGAGCGAUUAUGAAGCCUUAAGAAAGGAACUAUCUUACGACAGAGAAAUAGCUGAAUCUUUGUUUCACGCCCAAGUUGCAUUGAAGAGAUCCCGCGGUGGAGUGGUUCUAAACAUGGAGUUUGGAUGUGAAGUUGAGGAGAUAUCUACCCUCGAAGAGUUCAAAGCUGCAUUAACCCGUCCCGGAGUUUCCGUUGUACUUUUUAUGAAAGUCUCUGACCGACAAUGCAAAGAGAUGUCUGUUUUCAUGGACGCACUAUGUAUUCGUUACCCAUCUCUACAUUUCCUCAAGGUGGACAUUGAGAGAUGUCCUGGAGUAGGUGAUGCAGAGAAAGUGAGAAUUGUACCAACAUUCAAGAUUUACAAACUUGGGACUCGGAUGAAGGAGAUUGUGUGCCCAAGCAAGGAAGCACUGGAGAGUUCAGUGAGGCACUAUAGCCUUUAGCAAACUCUCUCAAACACGUUACUAUUUUCAUUUAAAAAUGAGGAAAACUUGUCAAUAAUCUCUCAAGAGUCUAGAGGAUUAGGUUUACAGAUUUGAUUCAUUCAUUGCUCGGUUUAGGAGUCAUUUGCACAUACAGAAUUUUUUUGUUACUUAAAGGUGAUGGAACCAUAGAAAAUAAAUAGAGAGACACAUUCAUUCAUGUUGUUAAAACAUUUUUGUCUGA